AUGUCAAACUAUCCACACUUUUAUAUACCAGCUGCUGCCUUUCUAGCUGGUGCUAUACUUGCAAUCCACCUAAAGGCUGUUUAUCACCAUGUCUCAGGCUGCCAGGACCCAGUCAAAGACAACAAGGAACAUGAAUCUGGCAAAAUAUCGGGGAGUUCUUUGACCAGGCAACCACCUCCCAUCGCGGAUGGCAUUGAAGGUUGCAUUGGAAACACACCACUUCUUCGAAUAAAAUCUCUUUCCGAGGCAACUGGCUGCGAGAUAUUGGCAAAGGCUGAGUUCUUAAAUGGUGCCGGGGGGAGCCCCAAGGACCGCGUUGCUUUGAAUAUGAUACAAAUGGCGGAAAGACAAGGGCUCCUGAUCCCAUACUCUGGGGAUGCAAUAUAUGAAGGCACGGUAGGGUCUACUGGUAUAUCCCUUGCUACUCUGGCAAGGGCGAAAGGCUACCUAGCGCAUAUCUGUAUGCCCUCAGACCAGUCAGUGGAAAAGUCGGACUUGCUGUCAAAAUUGGGCGCUGUCGUUGAUAGAGUACCGCCAGCUCCAAUUGUAGAGACAAACCAUUUUGUUAACAGGGCCCGAAACCUGGCGACUGCUUUUUGUCCGGUGCGUGAAGUUGCCGCCUCUAGCUUGAUGGUACCCACGGGAUCGAAUGCGUUCGACUAUGACGGGGCGGCUUUGCCCGAUACAUCGAAGCGUGGGAUUUUUACAGAUCAAUUUGAAAACCCUGCUAACUGGCAAGCCCACUUCCAAUCUACCGGACCCGAAAUCUUUGCCCAAUGUGAAGGAAAAUUGGACGCUUUUGUUUCAGGCGCUGGUACCGGGGGAACAAUUUCUGGUGUGGCGCUUUAUUUGAAGCCUCGUCUUCCCACCAUGUCAGUUGUCCUUGCAGACCCCCAAGGAAGUGGCCUUUUUAACCGGAUCCAUUUUGGGGUUAUGUUCAAUACAAAGGAGCGAGAAGGGACAAGACGGAGGCGCCAGGUUGAUACCAUUGUUGAAGGAAUAGGCAUCAACCGGAUAACUGCAAAUUUUGAGGCAGGUCGGGAAUUGAUCGAUGAUGCUGUGAAGGUUACAGAUGCACAAGCGAUUGCUAUGGCAAAGUGGUUGGUGGAGAAAGAUGGCUUUGCAGCAGUGAAAACUGCUCUCAAAUUAGGCCCCGGUCAUAGGAUCGUGACCAUUUUGUGCGAUUCGGGAACCCGCCAUUUGUCUAAAUUUUGGGAGCAUGCUGGUAGUGUGGGAAAUGCUGUUGAUACCAAGUUUACUGACGUUUUGACAGCAAGUUCAGCAACUAAUGACCAUUCAACGUCGAAUUACGGCGAGAACAAUUAA